AGCAACACUCCCCAAAAACUCUUUGGGGAAGUUGUAUGCUGCUACAACAACAACCACAAAGUGUAGUCUUGAGUUCGUUCUGUAUUCUGAAAUAUAGGUUGAACUGAAAAAUGCAGAUCAAAUGAAAAUUUCGUGCUCAGUAGUGACUGAAAACCCGCUCAUUGAUUCGUGAUGUGUCAUCGAAUAGCUAUGCAGAAUUGCAAUUUCUCUAAGUGUACCGGAUCAUUGGCUUAAAAGCAUACAUUGAAGCAAUCCCGGUGUUCUCCAAUAAUAAACGUCUGUAUUUAUGCACACCCAUAUGAAUCCACCUGUUUUGCGAAUAACAAACAAAAUAUGCGCCAUGACGGACAAGUGUCAUCUGUGCAGCGAGGAAACCGUAAACAAAACAUUUAGCAAUCUUCAACCCCAACGGUGCUUAAAUCAACCCUUCAACCAAACCCUACAUACAACGCAGGCGUUAAAUUCGAACAAAUGUCUGUCACGUUCCACAAACACUCCACAAAGCAAACUGUUGGUGUGGAGUUGGCCUACGUUGACUUGUUUUCAUACGUCAAGAGAGUAUUGAUUUUUCGCGCAUCCAUUUGCGAGUUCUUCUUGGUGAUGCUGAAUCAUACUUUUCAAUAAAGGCUUACUAAAUUGGAAGUUCGGGUUGCAAAAUUCAAACGAAAAAAGGAAAUUAUAAAUUGUCUACAAGCUUAAUUGGCUGCAAUUCGCUAAGAUACACGAGUGAUUAACGAUUUACUCAGCUAUUAGCUAGAAGGGUGAAAAUAAAAUUCAUUACAUACUCGUANCAAAAGCACAAAAAAAAAGUAUUUUCAUUGCGUUUAAAUACAGUUCCAAGCACCGUUAAAGUCGGUCUAUAUUGCCAAAAUUAUCAUAGCAGCCAGAGAGGCGGUACUGAUACUAUAAAUCACAAUGGCUUUGGACUUUGUUGCGACGUACAAAGUUCUGGUGCUCGGUGACUCUAAUGUGGGUAAAACGUGUAUAGUCCAUAGAUAUUGUGAUGAGAAAUACUACGAUACAUACAUUUCCACUAUAGGUAUCGAUUUCAAACAGAAACUCAUCAACUUGGAUGGAGUGCCAAUAAAGCUACAAAUUUGGGAUACAGCAGGACAAGAAAGAUUUCGAACGCUAACCACAGCUUAUUAUCGCGGAGCAAUGGGCAUACUACUGAUGUAUGAUGUGACGAACUUGGAGAGUUACAAUAACCUGUCAUAUUGGCUGCGAAAUAUUCAAGAGAACGCGUCACCGGAUGUUGUCAAAGUCCUGGUUGGCAACAAAUGCGAAUGUUCGGCAACGCAGCGAGCGGUUGACAAAGAAAGAGGCGAAAAAAUUGCUGAAAACUUCGAUAUGCCAUUCUUUGAGGUAUCCUGCAAAUGCAACAUAAACAUUGAGGAGGCUUUUCUAGCAUUGGCAAGAAAAAUCCGAGAACAGCGCGAACGCCGGGGUGAUAAUUUUGAUAACGACGAAAAGACACAAGACAAAAAAUCGCCCGGUUCCAACGGCUUAGGUACAUUCAGCUUGGCCAGCUUGUCCGAAGGCAAUCGUUGCUCCUGCUAAGCCGAACGGAAAUAUUCCACAUACUCCUAAGGAACAAUACGUCCAAUAGAGUGCUAUAGUGGAAUACUUCCAUGCAUACAUACAAACAUAUGUAUGUAUAUGUACGCCUAAGUAUACAAGUACAUACCACUGGGCGGGCAAGUGCAUUCAGUGUUAGUGUGGGAACGUUGGUUGGCUGGAUUUUGAAAUCAGGGAGACUCAGACGUACGUAUGUACUAUGUAUGUAUGAUUGUAUAUUUUGAAGGAACAAAGCCAAUUUAGUCAAAACUUAUGUAUAUUCCUCAGAGAAAUAAAUCGCUGUUUGAAUCUCAACGCUUCAUAUACAUAUGUAGCAUAUGUACGUACAUAUGUAUAUUGCGAAUUGGGUUACUUUAAACAGUGUUUUUUUAAAUACCAUUAAUUAGGCGCUGGAGUAGUUAGUUACAUCCAUAAAUCAAUUGCCGUUUGGUUGCUAAUUAAUGAAAAUUUACUCUUGAACAUACAUAAGUACAUAUGAGGCAAUGAGAGUCAGAGGAGCAUAUCUACAUACGAAAAAAUUUGUUUGAGUAAUAUGCGAAGGAAGGAUUUAUAAAUACUAAAUAGCAGGGACGUGCACAGGUUUUGAACCGAACCGGUUUUGAACCGGAAAACCGAUUUUUUCUAUUAAUUAAUUGAACCGAAAUUUUCCACAAAUGUUUGAUCCGAACCGAAACCGAACCAAUUUUCAUAAAGGUUUAAAGGUUAGUUUAAUCCAAUUUUCAUUAGAUAAAUUUACACGCUUUUGUUUCGUUUCGUUAAAUAUGGUAAUACCUACUACGUUUGUUUACCAUGUGGAAAUAUCAAAUGUAAAGGCAACUCAUCUCAUUUAGCACACACUUAAAAUUUAACCUUGCGCUUUGUUGCACUUGACACUUUACACUUAGACUUGCACGUUAUUUUUUUUUCCCAACCCUUGAACAGAACCCCGGU